AUGUUCAACAAAUAUUUUCUUCUUGGUCUUAUGGUUGCUGUAUACGUACCAACAGCAAAUACUUAUGGCUCGUGCACAUGCUAUUGUUGUGAAGGUACACAUUGUGAUCCAAUAGACGAUGGCACUAUAGAUAUUCCAACGUGUAAUGGUUCCGCUUGUUUGGAUGCAUGCAAAAGUGAAUUUCCAUUAUCCUGCAAUAGUUCAACUACAGGUGAAAUCAAGCCGGAGUGCGAAGAAGUACAAAGUAAUUCAACAACAACGCCAAUUGUAUCAAGCACAACCACUUUGUCAACUACUCCUUCAACACCAUGGCCAAUUCCUACAAACACAACUCGUAGAACUACGUCAGCUAGUACUUCAGAUACUACUAGUGCAGCAUCAAAUACAUCAACGGCAAUAACUAGUGAAUCUUCGUCUUCAACUUCAUCUUCAUCGAACACUACGACAAUUACUAGUAGUAGAACUACGGGAAAUAUAACCGUUUCAAUUACGACAUCAACGUUAACUUCACCAAUAACGACAACACCAGGAAAUAUAACUGUCACUGUCACUACGGCUAACUCCACAGCUACUACUACGACAAAGCAUACGACACCAAGUCACGGUGGCCUUUCUAUUCUUGGUGAAAAUCGAUCAUUCUUCGUUUCCAUUGUUGCAUCUAUUCUGAUGAUUGCUAAAGUUAUGCAUUAA